CUAAAUUCCCGUUGUUAGAGUUGGUAUCUAUAUUUAGCUAGUGGGAUUAAAUUGCAAAGGCUUCAAGCUGGGCAAAGCACACUGAUCUGCCUUUUUACAGCUAGACCUGUGUGCUGCAAGGAGCUGAGGCCUUCAGUGUUCCCUUCCUUACCCAGGUUACUCACAGAAUGGAUUCCCAGCGGGAACUUGCAGAGGAACUGCGGCUUUACCAAUCCACCCUUCUUCAGGAUGGUCUAAAAGAUCUCCUGGAUGAGAAAAAAUUCAUCGAUUGCACCCUAAAAGCAGGUGACAAAAGUCUUCCUUGCCACAGAUUGAUUUUGUCAGCUUGUAGUCCUUACUUCCGUGAGUACUUUUUAUCUGAAAUUGAUGAGGCGAAAAAAAAGGAGGUAGUGCUAGACAAUGUGGAUCCUGCUAUACUUGAUUUAAUCAUCAAAUACCUGUACUCUGCCAGUAUUGAUCUCAAUGACGGAAAUGUGCAAGAUAUUUUUGCAUUGGCCAGCCGCUUUCAGAUCCCCUCAGUGUUUACUGUCUGCGUUUCUUAUCUUCAGAAAAGACUUGCUCCUGGUAACUGCCUAGCCAUCCUAAGAUUAGGACUUCUUCUUGACUGCCCGAGACUGGCCAUUUCUGCCCGUGAAUUUGUGUCUGAUCGCUUUGUACAGAUUUGUAAGGAAGAGGACUUUAUGCAACUGUCUCCACAGGAACUGAUCUCAGUCAUUUCAAAUGACAGCCUAAAUGUAGAAAAAGAAGAAGCAGUAUUUGAGGCAGUGAUGAAAUGGGUGCGAAUAGACAAGGAAAACAGGGUUAAAAACCUUAGUGAAGUGUUUGAUUGUAUCCGUUUUCGCCUUAUGACAGAAAAAUAUUUUAAGGAUCAUGUUGAGAAAGAUGAUAUAAUUAAAAGCAACCCAGACCUCCAGAAAAAAAUCAAAGUUCUAAAAGAUGCUUUCGCAGGCAAACUCCCAGAACCUAGCAAAAAUGCUGCGAAGACUGGGGCUGGUGAGGUGAAUGGUGAUGUUGGUGAUGAAGAUUUACUUCCUGGUUACCUGAAUGACAUUCCCAGGCAUGGAAUGUUUGUAAAAGACCUCAUCCUCUUGGUUAAUGACACAGCCGCAGUGGCUUAUGACCCCACGGAAAAUGAAUGCUACCUUACUGCACUGGCUGAGCAGAUUCCCAGAAAUCAUUCCAGCAUCGUUACCCAGCAAAAUCAGAUAUAUGUGGUAGGAGGACUAUAUGUGGAUGAAGAAAAUAAGGAUCAACCUCUACAGUCAUACUUCUUCCAGCUCGAUAGCAUAGCAUCUGAAUGGGUUGGACUUCCACCUCUGCCUUCAGCCAGGUGUCUCUUCGGUCUGGGAGAGGUAGAUGAUAAAAUCUAUGUAGUUGCAGGCAAAGACCUUCAAACAGAGGCUUCGCUGGAUUCAGUAUUAUGCUAUGAUCCUGUGGCUGCAAAAUGGAAUGAAGUAAAAAAACUCCCUAUCAAAGUCUACGGCCAUAAUGUGAUUUCACAUAAAGGGAUGAUAUAUUGUCUAGGAGGAAAGACAGAUGACAAAAAAUGUACAAACAGAGUGUUUAUCUUCAACCCCAAGAAAGGAGAUUGGAAAGAUCUGGCUCCAAUGAAAACUCCUCGUUCCAUGUUUGGAGUAGCAGUCCAUAAAGGCAAAAUUGUGAUUGCAGGAGGUGUCACUGAAGAUGGUCUUUCAGCUUCAGUUGAAGCUUUUGACCUUACAACAAAUAAAUGGGAUGUAAUGACUGAAUUUCCCCAAGAAAGAAGCUCCAUCAGUUUGGUCAGCCUGGCUGGAUCUCUGUAUGCAAUUGGUGGUUUUGCUAUGAUUCAACUGGAAUCUAAAGAAUUUGCACCCACUGAAGUCAAUGACAUAUGGAAGUAUGAAGAUGAUAAAAAGGAAUGGGCUGGGAUGUUGAAGGAAAUACGUUAUGCUUCAGGAGCUAGUUGCCUAGCAACACGUUUAAAUCUCUUCAAACUGUCUAAACUGUGAACAAGGUGACAAAACAUAAUAGAUUGGGAGGUGGUUUGUUUGGUGAAUGGGGCUUUAAUUUAUUCUGUUUUUUAAAAGCUUGUACAGACACUCAUGUAGAAAUUAUUCAGGAAGUUAUUGUCUAAGAGAUGAGCGGUAGGUAACAAAACCUCGGUCAUUUGACUCUUCAAUGUAAUGAUCACAGCUUAAAACCAUUUUCUAAUAAUAAAUUAAAUAUUCAGUUGAACAAAUUAUUUUGUGAAUCUGUUUCACUCAAUGGAUUGUAAAGGAGGCUCCUAAAUUUGAGUUGUUUGCUAAUCAUUUCACUUGCAUCAUUAGGGUAUCCUUACACUGAUUUUCUAUUACAAUUGGAAGUGGAGAAUAUGUGCACCUACACUAAAAAAAUGUUUAAAAUAUCAAAAACCUCUCCUCGUGCUUCAAAAUGACAGGAAUCCUGUGCAUUAUACUAAGAAUUACAUACCAUAAGAUGACUUCAGAAAUGCUACUUCAGAAGUGUAAUAAAUGGAUGGGGAGAUCAUUUGAUGAGGAAAAGUCUCUUGUAAGUAAAAGUAGUCAAAUUCAAAUGGCCUUUUCUCUCCAUUCUUUUUGCGACACUGGCAUAUUAUUUGUGGUUUCCAAAUCAAAUUUUAAAAAUUUUAAUUUAAAACCAGUUAAUCACAGUCUUCAAGCCAUUAACUACAGCAUCUGUGGCAGGAGGGUGAGGGAGCACCCUUAGGAAAUGGAUUGAUUCUUUAAACUGCUGGGGCAGAAGUUGGGGUCAGUGGGUGAUAUGGAGGAGGAAGUGUAUUCACACUCCAUGAAAGGGCUACCUAUUUGCUAAAUUUCUGACAGCAAGGAAGGUGACUGUAUUAUUUCAUUUUCUGGGAUGUGAUAUCCUCCAUUCACUGUUCCUUCUUAGUGCAUAUAGUAAGUUGACUCCUCAAUCUGCUCAUAACCAUCACAUUCAACUCUGUGCAAGUCAUCAAUUAAUCAUCACUUUUAGCCACACACCAACUUAUGAGUCUCACACAGAUUUCAUAGACAUAUAUUUGACUUCUAUCCUUACCCGUAUUAUUUUCUGAAAAACCUGACUUGGGACUAAUUUGGAACGUUCAUGAUUAUUUGUCAAGGAGUUGCAUAAAGAACAGAUCUAAGUGUCCAUACACUUUGUUUCUCUACCAUAAAUACAGAAAUAUAUUUAACAGAAACAAGUUUUAUUUUGGGUACUUAAAGUAGAAUCCUGAUUACUUUUCUAUAUGGAAAAAUACUUUUCUUAAUUAUAGCAUGAAUACGGAAUCAAGAAAUUCCCAGUGGAAAAUCCUACAGGUUCUUCAACAAAUAAACUGUUAGGAAGAGGAAGGGGCACUUAUAAAGACAGACUCAAAAGGGUGGAGGAAGAGGGGGCCACAGGGAUUAUGGUGUCCAGAAAUGUACAUCUGGGUGAUAAAACUGUUAAG